CUGCACAAGAUUCAUCAUGUCGCCCCUCGUCCAAGCUGUCACGGUGUCGCUGAAAGACCUCAUAAAUGGUAAGCGACCAAUAAACGGAGGCCCUGAGCCCUGUGAGUGGGCCGGGCAAACAAACGCCAUAUAAGUCAAACCCAAGGCGAAACAGACGCUGAUGGCCGCGCCACCAUGCCAGGAACCGUGUCUUUUGAGGCACUGCAAGAGGCAUUCGGGCCGGAUUCUCUAGGAAUCUUGGUGGUUAAAGAUGUGCCACCAGAGUUCGCAGGCCUACGACACCGUCUGCUGUCGUACUCGACGUACCUGGGGAACCUUCCCAAGUCGAUCCUCGGCCAACUCGAAAACGAAAAGGCAAAGUACCUGACUGGCUGGUCGCUCGGCAAGGAGACGCUUAAGAACGGCCAGGUCGACACGCUAAAGGGCUCCUUUUACGCCAACUGCGCCUUUUACGUGGACCCUGCGCUGUCAUGUGCGGCUCCCACCGAAGAGUUCAACACUGACAACUUCCCCGAAUACCUCUCGCCAAAUAUAUGGCCCGACGAGGUCCUCCUACCCGGGUUCAAGACAACGCUGGAGCAGCUUUGCCGCCUCAUCAUUGACGUAGCUGUGCUCGUCGCACGCGCAUGUGACAGGUUUGCCGAGGUCGAGAUUCCCGGCUACCCACAAGCCUACCUGGAACAAGUUGUGAGUACGUCGACGACAACUAAGGCCCGGCUAUUGCAUUACUUCCCAGAUACCGCCGCCGCCGAUGUCUCGAGCACCGCAAGUGGCGAGGAUGAGGACGACUGGUGUGCUACGCAUUUGGACCACGGCUGCCUGACGGGUCUGACUUCGGCCAUGUUUGUCGACGAAGCAGCAACCGACCUAACCCAGAUCGGGGCCGGGCCGGCUUCGGGACCCGGGUCAUCUGUUUGGGGUCCGCUUUUGGAGCCUUUACCCGAGCUCCCGGCAUCGCCCGACCCGGCGGCCGGCCUGUACAUCAAGUCCCGCACGGGCCAGACGGUGCAGGUCAAGAUCCCGCGCGACUGCAUCGCCUUCCAGACGGGAGAGGCAUUGGAGCGCAUCACGGGCGGAAAGUUCAAGGCGGUGCCUCAUUUUGUGCGAGGGACGCGUGCCGCAGCGAGCGGCAGCUGUGUUGCCCGUAACACUCUGGCUGUCUUCACCCAGCCCAACCUUGGCGACGAGGUCGACAGGGAGCAGCACAUUACCUUUGGAGAAUUUGCCAGGGGUAUUGUUGCUAAGAACACCGUGUCUUGAAUAUCUCCCGAUGUUGCGUUGUAACGUCAGAAUAAGGGGGCGAGGGAGAUGUCGGAAAGACAUGGGUCGAUUGUAGAGUUACGGUAGGAUAGCCGGGGCACAAGAAGGCCUCUCAACUAUCACAAAUAGCACAAAGUCAGUGUCUGUCAGGUGUCAAAGUUGGGCGUGGGUGUGUUUCGAAUUUGAGAAUGUUGGGGCAAGUUUGAAGGGCGUCAUUCGGUCGGCUUGACAUGAAGAGAGUACAGAGCAAAUGGAGACAAAUAUUGCCGACACUGCCACGGAAAAGUGCCAGACGGGACGCGUCUUGGUGCCUUCCUGGUUUCUAAGUUUCGUUUUCACCAACACGUGUUGACGAGUGCCGGGAGUCGAGGUCCACAUCUCAGUGCCGCCAUUUGUGGAAGGCACGAACAAGGGCCGAGGCGGGGGUC